AUGGUCGAGCUUAAGAUGCGCCAUCCCAAGAAGUGCUGUGAACAAAUGUCUCCUUGCCGUCAAAGAAGGAAAGAUCCGGCUUUCGUCUACAGUGAUAAUGUUCCCGAUAUAUCAAGUCAUACAUAUAUCGAUGGUCAAGUCCUCGUCCGAAGAAGCAACGAGCUGGAAGAUCCUUCCGGGGAUUAA